AUGAGUCGAGAAGAAAUCGUGUUUGUUACAGGCUUUGGACCGUUUCGACAGUUUUUAGUGAACCCAAACUGGAAAACAGCCCAGAGCUUGAAGUUGGUUGGAUUAGGAGAGAAGACUCAUGUUUGCACAAAGGAGGUUCCAGUGAGUUAUGUCAAGACUCAGAAAAUCAUUGCUGAGAUUUGGCAAACUCUUCACCCAAAGUUUGCUGUACAUCUGGGCGAAGCUAGAGGUUCCAGUGUGGUCUCUCUGGAGCAAACAGCGAGGAACAGUGGGUACAGAGACGUGGAGUGGAGUGGGGGGGGGGGGGUCUGUCCUGAUAGUCACUGCUGUGUGUGUGUGUGUGGGGGGGGGGGGGCAGAGAAACUGUCAGUCGUCAACAUGAAGGCAGUCGCCAAAGAGUUCAGACAAGGAGGGACGGAUGUUAUUUAUUCAAGAGAGCUGCUGGCAGGUAGGAAUCUGUGUGAAUUUGCGUAUUACUGCUCGCUGUAUCACGGUCAGAGGAGGGCAGCCCUCAUCUGGCAGCCUGACCUCAAGUACUCUGACCCAGGUCACAGACUGUUCUCUCUCCUGCCUUCUGGGAGAAGAUACAGGAGCUUCAUGUCACGGACAAAUAGACUCAAAAACUGUUUCUACCCCUGGGCCGUCAGGCUGCUUAACCACCACACAUAA